AUGUGUUUAUCGGAUAUGUUAAAAAAUAGAAAUUUACCACACAAAUGUUCACAAACAAUUUCAUUUCGAUUAAAACCUGUUAAUCCCGUAAAGAAAAAUUUUGUUUCAGAAAUUUAUUAUCAUCCAAAACUUGAACAAAAAUUUCAUUCAAUUAAACCAAAAUCAUACGUUGAUUUAUCCUAUUGGCAUUUAAUUGAUCAUGAUAUGUCAAUGAUUUUUAAACAUAUCAUUAUAAAUAAACAAUGUAUAGAACUUAACUUAUCUGGAAAUCACAUAACAUCACAAGGUAUAGCAAUUCUAGCUUUUAGAUUACCCAAUAAUUUAACAUUAAGAAGUCUUAAUCUAUCUCAUAAUCGUAUAAAUGAUACUGGAGUUUAUUUACUAAGCGAAGUACUUUUACCAAAACAUUCCGUAUAUCUUGAAAAAUUAUAUCUUAGUAAAAAUGGUAUUUCAAAUGAUGGUAUACGUUAUUUGUCUAAAAUGCUUAAAGUAAAUGAUAAAUUAACAGAGUUACAGUUAGCAAAUAAUGAAAUUGGUGAUGAAGGAGUGAGACAAUUAGCAAAUAUAUUGAUUGAUUAUAAUACAACCUUGAAAGUUCUAAAUCUUUCAAAUAAUAUAUUUAUAACUGAUUCAAGUCUUGAUUAUCUUCUUGAACUGUUAGAAUAUAAUCAAACAUUAACAAAAUUAUCGAUUAAAGGUUGUAAUUUAUCUGAAAAAGCAAAAAUUAAACUUCAAUUACAAGCUAAUGGAAAGAAAAAUUUUGAAUUAGAAAUUUAG